GAGUGUGAAUGUUGUGAUUGUCCCGGAGACACCUGGGAAGCAGCUGGAGGGAUGGGCCUGGACCUCAAAGAAGGAUUCUAGGCUCAGGAGAGGGUGGGCACCAUUGGAGAGACAGGCACAGGCGUUGGAGGAGCAGCCGCGGAGAGGUGAGGAGAUGCCUGGCAGGAAGGCAGGCGGGAUGAGGCCCAAGGCAGCUGGGAGAUCUGGCGGCCAGUGCGGCCAGCGCAGCCAGCGGCGGGAGGGCCGGAAGCCGGGUGUCCUCUGCUCUUGCCAGCCACUCGGCUCAGAAGGAAAACAGAGAAGAGGUGGAGCUGGAGUGGAGCCUCAGGCCCUGUGGUUUGCUGUAUUUGGGGCCCGCUGUCACAGCACUGGGGAGCCUUGGAGAGAGAUGGGGAGCUAGGAUCCCCAGAAGAGUGUGAGAUGGCAGACAGGUUUGCAGAAAACCCUCAGAAAGGGGGCUGGAGGAUUUAGCCACUCUGUCCUCCCCUUCCGGCAGCCCAGGGCCUCCUCCCAAGCACAGCGGCGCUAUGGACUCUCCAGGAUACAACUGCUUCGUGGACAAAGACAAGAUGGACGCUGCCAUCCAGGACCUGGGGCCCAAGGAGCUGAGCUGCACUGAACUGCAGGAACUGAAGCAGCUGGCGCGCCAGGGCUACUGGGCCCAAAGCCACGCCCUGCGGGGAAAGGUGUACCAGCGCCUGAUCCGGGACAUUCCCUGCCGCACGGUCACGCCCGACGCCAGCGUGUACAGCGACAUCGUGGGCAAGAUCGUGGGCAAGCACAGCAGCAGCUGCCUGCCGCUGCCUGAGUUCGUGGACAACACGCAGGUGCCCAGCUACUGCCUGAAUGCGCGCGGUGAGGGGGCCGUGCGCAAGAUCCUCCUGUGUAUCGCCAACCAGUUCCCCGACAUCUCCUUCUGCCCCGCCCUGCCGGCCGUGGUGGCCCUGCUGCUGCACUACAGCAUCGACGAGGCUGAGUGCUUCGAGAAGGCCUGCCGCAUCCUGGCCUGCAAUGACCCCGGCAGGAGGCUGAUCGACCAGAGCUUCCUGGCCUUUGAGUCGUCCUGCAUGACGUUUGGGGACCUGGUGAACAAGUACUGCCAGGCGGCCCACAAGCUGAUGGUGGCCGUGUCGGAGGAUGUCCUGCAGGUCUAUGCGGACUGGCAGCGCUGGCUGUUUGGGGAGCUGCCCCUCUGCUACUUCGCCCGGGUCUUUGACGUCUUCCUGGUGGAGGGCUACAAGGUGCUGUACCGCGUGGCGCUGGCCAUCCUCAAGUUCUUCCACAAAGUGCGGGCCGGGCAGCCGCUGGAGUCGGACAGCGUGAAGCAGGACAUCCGCACGUUCGUCAAAGACAUCGCCAAGACCGUGUCCCCCGAGAAGCUGCUGGAGAAAGCGUUCGCCAUCCGCCUCUUCUCCCGCAAGGAGAUCCAGCUCCUGCAGAUGGCCAAUGAGAAAGCCCUGAAGCAGAAGGGCAUCACCGUGAAGCAGAAGAGUGUGUCACUUUCUAAAAGGCAGUUUGUACACUUGGCGGUCCAUGCAGAGAACUUCCGCUCGGAGAUCGUCAGCGUGAGGGAGAUGAGAGACAUCUGGUCCUGGGUCCCUGAGCGAUUUGCCCUGUGCCAGCCCCUUCUGCUGUUCUCCUCCCUGCAGCAUGGGUACAGCCUGGCCAGGUUCUACUUCCAGUGUGAAGGACAUGAGCCUACCCUCUUGCUCAUCAAGACCACGCAGAAGGAGGUGUGUGGCGCUUACCUGUCCACAGACUGGAGCGAAAGAAAUAAGUUUGGAGGCAAACUGGGCUUCUUUGGGACCGGAGAAUGCUUUGUGUUUAGGCUGCAGCCUGAGGUGCAGCGCUACGAGUGGGUGGUGAUCAAGCACCCCGAGCUGACCAAGCCCCCACCCUUGAUGGCUGCCGAGCCCACCGCCCCACUCAGCCACUCCGCCUCCUCAGACCCUGCUGACCGCCUCUCGCCCUUCCUGGCCGCUCGCCACUUCAACCUGCCCUCCAAGACCGAGUCCAUGUUCAUGGCGGGGGGCAGUGACUGCCUCAUCGUUGGGGGAGGAGGCGGCCAGGCGCUCUACAUCGAUGGGGACCUGAACCGGGGCCGCACAAGCCACUGCGACACCUUCAACAACCAGCCCCUCUGCUCCGAGAACUUCCUCAUUGCUGCCGUGGAGGCCUGGGGCUUCCAGGACCCUGACACCCAGUGACGGCCUGUGCCAUGGUGACUGUGCCACGGUGACUGAGCCGCGGUGGGGUGGUGGGCCAAGGCUGGGCUGCCGCCUCGGGCAGCAGAGAGCAGAUGAGACCUCCAUGUGGUAGGCAGGGUUGGGGGACAGCAGGACCCCAUGGCGUUGCCUGGACCUGCUGCUGCCUCUACCUGGGGUUUGGGCUGGGCUUCCCCAGUCCACCUGCAUCUGGGUCAGAGCUGGAGGGGCUGCUCUGCCCCCAGCCCCACCCAGAGCUGGCAAAGGAAGUACCCCCCUCCUCCGUGGAGGCUUCCUUAGCCCAAGGCCUUGGGAGUGCCUGGGUCUUGCUGCCCCUGAGCCUCUCUAUGCAGCCUGAGCCCCUGGGGUGGGAGUGGAAUGGCAGUGGGAAUGUGCAGCUAAGGGUGGGCUUGUGGUGCCCCCUGCUGGUGCCGCAUAGCAUCGCGCCCUCUCGAACAGGGCCCUGCAGCCUGGCUGGCUGGCGACUGAAUGCCAGCGUAGAUCCUGAGAACAGACUGGCACCCUUGGGCCUGCCCCCUGGCGGACCCCACCCCCUGUCCCGGGCCUUUGCCCCAGUUCCCUCCCCAGGCCUCCUGGGCCACCUCUCACAGUAACCCUGCUUGGCCCCCUCUGAGGCUCCCCUGGGCUGCGUUUGGGAGCUGCUGGGUGGGAGGAGGAGGGUGGGAUUUGUGCUGGGCUCCACCCCCAGGGAGGGUGGGAGCUGGAGGGGGAUGUCACAUGUCCUUGUGUUUCUGCAGAGCCUGAAGCUUUUGCUGGGCCUCCCUGCGUGUUCCCAUCUGAAGAGGUGGCCCCGGGAGAGGCCCUCAGGGACCGACUCAGACCAGCAAGCUCCAUUUCCAGGGGUCUGCCCAGAGAAGCCUGGACCCAGGGGGCUUCUCAGCCCCCUUCCCUUCCAGCCCAGGCCUCCUUGAGCUCCUGUAGCCCCUGCAGCUGCCCAUUUCACUUCUUUGUCCUUGCAAUGACCUGGGGCCCAGGGUCACGCCCAAGCCCCUCUUUGUGGCAUGCUCAUCUCAGUGCAGCCCCAGCUGCUUCUCUGCACCAGGCCCUGUGCCCUCCCCUGGCCCUGGCUACACAGCACCUCCUUGGCCACCUUGCAUGGAUGCAUGUCCUCCCUCUGUCCCUCUUGUGGUGCUGUGGCUGGCCACGUGUCAGGGUUUUCUGUGAGUCUCUCACCUUACAGCCUUUGGGCCCCUGGGCCCCUGCCCUGCCUGAGCCCUGCGCUGGCCAGAUGCAGGUAGGUGCCAAGGGAGGCCUUGCCUCUGGGCACUAUAGGGGGCAGCCCCCUGCAUUGUGACCUCCCUCCAUGCCCCGUGACCUCCUUCAACUGGUCUUGAGGGUCUGGGCACCACGGAGGGGAGAAGGGAGACACAGAGGCCCAAGUGGCUAUUCUGGGACCAUGGAAGCCUGGGUCACAGAGGCAGGUACCAGCAGUCCUGCCCCCACCCCUGUCCCUGCUGGCCUCCAGCCAGUGCCACUUGGAGUCCCCUGCACCGUGCCACUGUCCAUCCCUGCACCAUUGCCUGCUCCUCCCAUGGGGCUUUAGCCUCCCCUGACCAUCUGCUCACGUAGCCUCUGACUGGGCCCACAGUGGUGAGGAGGAAGGACCGGGAACCCUGUGUUGCUUUGGGCAAGCUGACAAACCCGUCUGCAACUCAGCUUCCCCAACUGUGAAACGGGGCCAGUCCCCACGCCCUGCUGUCCUCCUCAGAGGACUGUUGAGAGGCUCGCAAGGGGACAGGGUGAAUCCCUCUCACGGGGAAGGGGAGAGGUAUGGCAGGGAAGUCGCCACUCAUCUCACAGCCCACCGCAGCCCUCCAGGCCCCCGCCUGAGCCCCUGAGGCCCUCGUCUGUACCGCCAGCUUUGAUGUUCAUUAAACAUGGUCUUGCUGCAUCAACUCCAAGGCUCCAAGCCGAGUCUGAUCUCUUCAGCCAGAGGGGCCUCCGGAGGCUUCGUGGGCCUACAGCCCAGCAGGUGUGGGAGGCUGCCGCUGUAGUGCCCACCCACAUUCUGUGACUGGAAUGCUGCAAGCCUCUUCCAGAGGGAGCCUCCAGGAGCAGGGAAGGCAUAUCCGCGGACCAUUUGUAGGUUUCCCUCUGCAAACUUCCUGAACUGGGUGGUGAUUUUUCUGGCAAGUUAAGUCCAGCAGGUUCUGCGUGGCUGCCCCAGGGGGCCGCACCCCGGCCUUCCAGUGAUCUGGACCAGGAAGACGGAUUGCUGCUGGGUCAUGAUUUCCACAUCAUGAGCGAAGUUCUUUGUUUUUUGUGUGCAUGCAAAAUAUUGUUUCUUUAAAUUUAAUAUAUUUUCCUAACUUUUCUACUAACCUAGAAGGUAUGUGUGAUUAUUAUCUUUUUUAUUCUUAUCACUGUACUUGUUAUUAUCUGAUAUUAGGUAUUCUCAAAUAGAACAUAAUUUAUUUUGUUAAUGUUCUCUAUUUCUUCUUGAUUAUUUAUUAGCUUUGGAUGUUAAAAAUUAGCCAAAAGUGGCUGCUCUGCCUAUGAAGUAGCCAUUCUUUGUUUAAAAAAAAAAAAGCCAACAUUUGAUGAAAUUGCAUAAUAAAUUAUCAUUUGUUUUUAGAAAUAUUCAAACAAUUAUUUUUUGAUUAUUAUUAUUUUUUUUGAGACAGAAUCGCCCAGGCUGGAGUGCAGCGGCGUGAUCUUGGCUCACUGCAACCUCCGCCUCCCGGGUUCAAGCGAUUCUCCUGCCUCAGCCUCCUGAGUAGCCGGAAUUACAGGCAUACGCCACCACGCUCAGCUAAAUUUUUUUUGUAUUUUUAGUAGAGGCGGGGUUUCACCAUGUUGGUCAGGCUGGUCUUGAACUCCUGACCUCGUGAUCCACCCACCUUGGCCUCCCAAAGUGCUGGGAUUACAGGUGUGAGCCACCAUGCCUAGCCUAUUUUUUUAUUUUUUUGAAUAGACCACUUUGUGCUGAAUAAGUGUUUAACAUUUAUUUUUAAAACAACAAUUGAACCUAAUUUAAAAUAGUUUAUUAACUGAAUUCAUUAAAGCAGAUUAUAUGCCUUUGGGGCUUCAGAAAAUCAGUUUAAACAGAAGAACUUUUGAGAGUAAGUCAUUUGUACUUGAAUUUUUUCAGAGUUUUAAUGAACUAAAGUAUUUUAAUUUUUCUAUUUUUGUAAGCCGUGUACUUCAUUUUUUGAGUUUUUCAGUGGAAUUUGUUUUAAAACAUUUUGAAGAUUUCAGAGGCCUUCAUAUUUCUCUUAUCCACUUUCUGAACCCAUAAAGCCUUUGCAGUCUCCGUGAGUAGUUUAUAUUUAAUAAUUUAGUUGUGUACCUUUUUAUUUUGAAGUAAUUUUUGAUUUGCAGAAGAGUUGCAGAGAUGGUACAGGGUUUCCAUGUACCCUCACCUUCCUCCAUGUCAAUAUCAAAACAAAGAAAUGAGCAUUGUUGUAUUGCUGUUAACUAAACCACAGGCCUAUUGAGAUUGCCCCGUUUUUGUUUUUUUUUGUUGUUUUUUUUUGUUUUUUUGAGACAGAUUCUCGCUCUGUCGCCCAGGCUGGAGUGCAGUGGCGCGAUCUCGGCUCACUGCAAGCCCCGCCUCCCGGGUUCACGCGAUUCUCCUGCCUCAGCCUCCUGAGUAGCUGGGGCUACAGGCGCCCACCACCACGCCCGGCUAAUUUUUUUAUAUUUUUAGUAGAGACAGGGUUUCAUCUUGUUAGCCAGGAUGGUCUCAGUCUCCUGACCUCGUCAUCCGCCCGCCUCAGCCUCCCAAAGUGCUGGGAUUACAGGCGUGAGCCACUGCGCCCGGCCGAGAUUGCCCCUUUUUUUCCCACUGUCCAGGAAUCGAUUUGAUUUUUACAGUUAUUUACUUUGUCACAUUUUACUAAGUCCACAAUGUCAUCAAACUCACAAAACCACUGGUCAAAAAAACCCAAAUGGCCACUCAUUAGGCAAUAUAGCACCUGCCUCAAAUUUGGGUUCAUAUGGAUUUUUUUUUCUCCCUUUUUGUGGAGAACAUAGUCUUGCUAUGUUGCCCAGGCCAGUCUUGAAGUCCCCGGCUCAAGCGAUCCUCCCGCCUCUGCCUCUCUAAGUUCUGGGAUUGCAGGCGUGAGCCACUGGGCCCAGCUCAUCUGGAUUCUUGCUGGUUUUCUUUGUCAGCCUAAAUGUCUUGUUUGCAUGGAGAAAUUAUCAAAUGAAGCAGGAGUGCCAAACAAGCCUCAUAGGCGCUUCACCCUACAACAUCUAUGUUAGGUAGAAAAGUAUGUGGAUUUUUUAAAAUAAUCUGGUAUAAAGAGUUUUUAAGAACUAUCUUCAUCAUCUUAGUAUCAGAUUGUGCUUGAGAAGUUAGGUACAAUGUAAUGUGACUCAUUUCUAAAAACAAAAUGCCUCCCACAGUUGCAGACUCACUCAUUUUACCACACUAUGGAAUUUGUCAACGCCUUUGCUUGGGACCAAGGAAGCAAAGUCAGUGGAUACCGUGUCCUGUAGACGUGUGACCUGUGAUAAGGCACAGGCAACACGAACCGGCAAAAACAUUGGCAUUUGGUCAAAUGCUUAUGAGCUAAGGAUCGAAGGGAAAACAUAGUUGUGUGAAUAAUUUUACCUCUUAGUUCUUAUGAAGGAUGGUUAUUGGGCUGGAAAAAUGUUUAUUGGACUGAUGCUUUGGAGCCUCUCAAUGAAUGUAAUAAAAAAAAUGUGUAGUGAGCACAAAUGUAUGGAUUUGCAGCACAAUCCAACUUUGAAAAUGUGAAAAUAAGUGAGUUAGUGAUAUGUUUGGUUGGUGUUAAUUUGAGUCCUAAAUAAAAGUGAGAACUGGUAAAA